AUGGCUUCGUUCCAGGGCUUCUCCGGGAGCUUCAAGCUGUCCAAGGCAGAGGCUGAAGACAUGUCCUCAUCCGACUCGGACAACGACUCGGACGAGUUCCAGCUCCCCUCGACCGAUCCCAACGCUGACGAAUUCGCCGAUUACAACCCGCGCAAAAGGCGCAGGACCGGCCGCGACGCCAAAGAGAGCGCUGCUCUGGGAAUUUUCGGAUCGGAAAGCGAAGACGACCGCGGUCCCCGUCGCUGGAAGAAGAAGACCCUGCGCAACAAGGGCGUGAGCUUUGUUUCGGGCGGGCAACAGGCAGCCACCGGCUCAGACCAAGAAAACGAAGACGAUGAGGAGAGCGAAGAGGAUGGCAAGUUUUACGCGCCGGGCCUCGGAGCCUAUCCACAAGACAAAGAUGAACUAGACGAUGAGGACGAAGAGGAAAGCACUCGUGGCGUCGGCUUGGGCUUUAGCAGCUCGGCAGCCCAGGGCUUGGGUGCUGCGCCGUCCGCGCAACGGCAGCUCUUCGCGAACUUUACCCGUCCGAAUAGUAGUAAACCUGCUUUCAGCAAGUCGAAAAAGCCAAAGUAUGACGCAAACAAUCCCCUCGGACGGGGGUUCAUGCCUUCGUCAGCCAACGAGCCCGUUCUCAAAGUCACCGAGGACCAAGACGAUGCGCCCAAGGUCGCCCGUCCCUCCGCGUUUUCGUCUUCGGCCGCGAAGAAGGGCAAGACCAAGGUCAACCCGAACUCCUUCGGCGCCCGGAUGAUGGCCAAGAUGGGAUACGUCGCGGGAGAAGGUCUUGGUAAGGAAGGGCAGGGUCGCAACAUCGUUAUCGAGGCGAAUCUUCGACCACAGGGCGCCGGUCUCGGCGCGGUCAAAGAGAAGAGCGAACAGGAGAAGCAGGAAGAGAAGCGACAAGCGCGCUUGCGAGGAGAGGUCGUCAUCGACUCGGACGAGGAGGAGAAGAAGCGGAAAGCAGCGCGGUGGAAGAAGGCUCUGGCUGGUGGCGUCGGCAGCGGCGGGGUCAGCAGCGGCACGAGUACCCCGAAGCGACAGAAGGCCAAGUACAUGACGAUGGACGAAGUAAAGAAGGCGGCCCCGGGACUCAACAUUCCCGACGCUUUCACGCCCAUCCUGGAUCUCACUGGCCCCGGCAAGAAGAUGCUGACCUCCUCCUCGGGCCUGAUGACACCGACAAGCGGCACCCCUACUUCAGAGUCGACGGAACAGGCCGAGUCGCGCAAGCUAGCGAGGCGUGCACAAAACGAUUUCUUGGCCAUCCUGGAGGAGUGGCAAAGCUUGCAGAACCGCAAAGCGUAUGCCGACCUCCAGAUGCAGCAAGAGAAGCAGGAGCUCGAAGAGCUGGAGCUUGCUCUUAACGGGCACCAAUCUACCGUCAACGCCUUCAAAGAGUUGACCAUACAAGACGGGGAACAAGGCUGGGAAGAGCGCUGGAACAAGGCUCUAUCGCAGCUCCGGACGGUGCUGGACUCGGUGCCAGAGGACUCGAUCCACGCCAUGAGGGACGAACUCCCCAUCAUCACAGUCGCAGCGCUUCAUCCGCUCUUCAAGGAAGCUAUGCAGACAUGGGAGCCUCUGGAGGACCCUAAACCUCGCUUGGUGGAAGACCUGGUCUCUAUCAAGCAGUUCCUGGGAUUGCAAGAUGGUGUCAAAUCUCACCGCAAGUCAAUCGCAACGCCGUACGAGACGAUGAUGUACAAAAUCUGGCUACCACAUGUUGCACGAGCGGUCAGAGAGUGGAAUGUUCGUGAGGUGGAUCAGCUUCUUGUUCUGUUCGAGGCCUGGCAGGGCUUGCUCCCUGAGUUCGUUCGAGGACAACUCCUGGAGCAGGACAUUCUGCGCAAGCUUGAUGACGCUCUUGCGAAAUGGGAGCCGAAGCGGAAGAAGCAUCACAAUCUACCCCAUCUGUGGCUCUUCCCCUGGCUUCAGUAUCUACCUACAUAUCACCUGGACCCCAAGAGCUCCACCGGUCUCGUGGCCGAGGUAAAGAGGAAGUUCAGGCAGCUGAUCGAUGUCUGGGAGUUCUACCGUGGCGUCAUCCCCGGCCUGAAGCAGUGGAAGGAAGUCCUGCGACCGAGCAGAGAUAAUGACCAAUGGCGCCCACUGGUCAUGAACAACAUUUUACCUAGCAUGGCCCGUUACGUCAAGGCGCAGUUUCAGGUCGAUGCUCGUGACCAAGAGCCGUUUCUGGAGGUGCUGACCGGGGAGUGGCAGUGGCUCGAGCUCAUGAGUCCCAGCAUGAUCGGGGAGGUCAUGGUGGCGGAGAUGUUUCCCAUGUGGCAUGAGGCCCUGUACCGCAUGCUCACUGCCGAAAAUCCCAACUACGACGAGAUUAUCCAGUGGUACUCGUGGUGGGUCGAAGAGGUCUUCCCCGAGGAGCUGCGAUCUCUCCCCUCCAUUUCCGCCGAGUUCGAAAAGGGUACUGUCCUCAUCAACGAAGCUCUGGACCUCGGUUCCCGCGCCCGAUCCGAGCUCGAGCACCCGCAGAAAGGACCUGCGCUGGGCACGAAAACCGAGCGCGAGAGCCGCAGCAAGGGCCACUCUUCUUCCUCCCACGGCCAGCACCGCCGGCAUCACCACCACGAGCAGCAGCCAGCGGCCAAGACAGCUACGCAUUCCAAGGACGAGCCGGAGGAGAUGUCGAUCCGGCACUUUGUGGAGGAGUGGUGCGAGAACAACGACCUGCAGUUCAUCCCCGAGCGCAAAAAGGUGCACGAGCAGGGCCCGCUGUACAGGAUCACGUCGCGCGGCGACGGCAGGGGAGGCGUGCUUACGUAUUUCAAGGGCAUCCGGCUCUACGCUGAGACGAAGAAGGGCCCCCUAGAGAUAAGGGUGGACAGGGAGGAGGAUUGGAUGCGGCUGUUGGAGUUGGCGCAGUGA